CGUAUUUUAAUAUUAAAUUAUUAAUCACAAAUAAUCUAAUAUUAUCGACAAAUUUUGUGCACCUGAGUCGUCUGUCAUUUUAAACUAUCUAGUUUAGCGGCAUAACGUUUGAAAGUUUUAGUUUUCAAAGUUUUGUUUACAUUUUGAAAAUGGUGAGUGCUGAAAAUGAAAUGGUGCACAUGAUGGCACAGAAGUUAGGAUUUGAAGAAAAUACACAGUUAAUUAAUAAAGCAAAUGAGCUACUAAGGCUGCUGAAAUUAAAAUCUCUUGGAGGAAAUUCUAUAACACUAACUGGUCUUGCCCAAGCGGUGAUUUGCCUAGAUUUGGCAAGUUCUUUCUUAGGCACCAGCUUUGAUUCGGAUUAUGCACUGAAAUUGUCGGGUUUUAAAAAGAGUACAUAUUUAAACAGUCUAAGAACAAUUGAGAAAUUAUUAGAUUUAUCCAAAGAUCUAACAAUUAGUGAAUUAUGUGUUCAACUAGGCGUUACUUCUGUGAAAGAAAAAGCUGAGAUAUUACUAUCAAAGUACAAAACUUCUCAUGAUUGUGAUAUAUCACAUCCACAGUAUGUCGCUAUGGCUGUAUAUCAGGCAUGCAGACUGAGUAAAAUAAAACUACAGAAAAGCAUGAUUGUGCCAUUUAGUCGAAUAAAAGGUAGUCAAUGGACUAUGCUUGAGAAAACUUGGACUACAUGGGUAGAUGAGGUAUCACCUACUUUAUUUAAAGAUGCUGUGCAAAAUAACGGGGACAAGAUAGCAGAAAAUCUUGGAAAAGCUAUAGAUGCUGGAAAAUCUGAUGGAAAACAAGAUUCUGAAAAAAUUGAAAUAGAAGACUAUGAUGUGUGGAAGAAACGAAUACUUGAAGAAGCCUAUAGAGAACUCGAAAAGCAGAAGAAUGCUAUGGAAAUUUAA